UUUAGAGAUUCAACAGAUGUCAGAAAACAAACACACACAGUUUCAUCCUUCACCUUCAAACCCCUUCAAAACCCCCCUUUUCUCUUCUUUUCUGUUCUUAUUUCUAGAGCGAGCAAGUAUCCUAGAGAGAGAGAGAGACAGUGAAGCUAUGGCGGACGAUUCACCCGCCGGUUCCAGUUCGCCGGAACUUUCGCCGGAGGAAGAGAUGAACAUCAUAAGCGCCACCAUAUCUGCAGCCGAACAUCAACUCACAGUAGGCGAUACAUUUUGUUUAGUUUCUCGAAGAUGGUUGGAAAAAUGGAUAAAUUACACUAAUAAGAAGAAAAUAAGUACAAACGAGGGAUCAUCUUCAGAUCAUCAAGAUUUAAACAGUGCAAGUACUCCAAAACGGCCAUCAAGCAUAGACAAUUCGGAUUUGGUUAAUGAAUCAGCAUCUGAUAAUUCAACCAUGGGUAUCGAGCUCCAUGAUUCACUACAAGAGAACACUCAUUACACAUUGGUUCCAGAACAAACUUGGAAUCAAUUCUAUGCAUGGUAUGGAGGUGGGCCUAAACUGGCACGGAAAGCGAUAAGUUGUGGCGCAUCAGAGACAGUAUUGACUGUGGAAGUUUAUCCUCUACGCCUUCAUCUACAUCUGAUGCCAAAAGCUGACCAGUGUACCAUAAGAAUAAGCAAAAGGGAGACAAUUGGAGCCCUACACAAAAAGGCUUGCGAGAUAUUUCAGCUUAAUUCCGAACAAGUAAGCAUUUGGGACUACUUCAGCCACCGAAAACAUGCUUUGAUGAAUGACAUGGAUAAAACACUUGAGGAUGCCAACAUACAAAUGGAUCAGGAUAUCUUGGUGGAAGUGAGUGAUGAUGGUGGUUGUACAAGUGAUGUUCAAGAGAACGGGUUUACUAAAAGUCACACGUCGUCAACACUUGUAGAACCUUCGAAAACAAACUAUUCUAUUGCAAGCAAGGGUGCCCCGAGGAACAAUAAUAAUUCGGAGUUACCACAGAUUCAGAGUUUGGCUUCUGGAAUUAGAGAAUCAGAAGAUCACAAGGCACCACCUGUGUCUGUUGGUGUUAGUACACGUGGCUCUUUUGGUGGUCUAACUGGAUUACUGAAUUUGGGAAAUACAUGCUUUAUGAACAGUGCUAUACAGUGUUUAGUUCAUACCCCUGAAUUUGCCAUGUAUUUCCGUGAAGAUUUUCAUCAAGAGAUUAACUGGCAUAACCCUCUAGGGAUGGUGGGUGAACUAGCUUUAUCAUUUGGUGAGUUACUUAGGAAGUUGUGGGCCCCGGGACGCACUCCAUUUGCUCCUAAGCAAUUUAAAGCAAAGCUUGCUCGUUUUGCACCACAAUUUAGUGGAUACAGUCAGCAUGAUUCUCAGGAGCUUUUGGCGUUUUUGCUUGAUGGACUUCAUGAAGAUCUGAACCGUGUGAAACAUAAACCUUACAUCAAGUCAAGAGAUGCUGAUGGUCGACCUGACGAAGAAGUUGCUGACGAGUACUGGGCAAAUCAUAUUUCUCGUAAUGAUUCGAUAAUCGUUGAUGUUUGUCAAGGGCAAUAUAAAUCGACUUUGGUUUGUCCUGUUUGUGAGAAGAUUUCAGUUACAUUUGACCCGUUCAUGUAUCUUUCAUUACCACUUCAAUCAACUACAACGCGUACGAUGACAGUAACGGUUUUCAGUUGUGAUGGAAGUGGGGUGCCUGCUAGUUGCACGGUAACCGUGCCCAAACAGGGACGUUGCAGGGACUUGGUUCAAGCAGUUAGCAGUGCUUGUGGUUUAAAGCAAAACGAGAAAGUUUUUCUAGCCGAGAUACGAAACCAUUUGAUUCACCGGUUUCUUGAAGAUCCUCUCAUGUCAUUAUCUUCCAUAAAAGAUGAUGACCAUCUUAGUGCUUACAAGAUCCCGAAAUCGAUGAAAAACACUAAAUUUCUUCAGUUGAUUCACCGUCGCCAAGAGCUGGAAACCGGUAACGCGCGGGGCACUUCAGGUUGGAAAGCUUAUGGAACCCCGCUUGUUUUUCCGGUUUCUUGUGAUGCGACCAUUACAAGAGGUGAUAUACAGUUAAUCGUUCACACAAUGCUCUCCCCCAUGCUAAAAACCGACACAUCAGACCUCAAGAAUGUGAAUGUUGAGCCAGAGUCAGAUUGUAAAGAGAAUGAUGGUCCUGAUAAACCUCAACUAAAACUUCCGUUAAAGUUGGUUGAUGGAAACAAUGCAUGUAUAGAUCUUUCGGUUGGAGAAGAGAGAACCGUAAGAUUGCCCUCAUCCUCAUUGUCGGUAUUGCUUUUCAUCGAUUGGUCCCCAAAGCUUUUACAAAAAUAUGAGACGCAAUAUCUCGAAAAAUUGCCCGAAGUUUUCAAAACCGGACCUUCAAAAAAGGCUCGCGCUGAACCUUUGUCUUUAUACACAUGCUUAGAAGCUUUCUUACGUGAGGAGCCAUUGGUACCCGAAGACAUGUGGUUCUGUCCGCAGUGCAAAGAGAGAAGGCAAGCGAGUAAAAAGUUAGAUCUUUGGAGGCUCCCGGAAGUACUUGUGAUCCAUUUGAAAAGGUUCUCGUAUAGCAGAUCCAUGAAGCAUAAGCUUGAAACGUUUGUCAACUUCCCUAUACAUGAUUUUGACUUGACAAAUUACAUUGCAAAUAAAAACAACUCGAGUCGACAAGUAUACGACCUUUAUGCCUUAACCAAUCACUAUGGCAGCAUGGGGAGUGGCCACUAUACCGCUCAUAUUAAGCUUAUUGAUGAAAACCGAUGGUACAACUUUGAUGACAAUCAUAUAUCACCUAUUAAUGAAGAUGAAGUAAAGACAAAUGCUGCGUAUGUGCUAUUUUACAGGAGGGUGAGAAGCGACUAAUCCUUGCAGCACAAGUGACCGCAGUGCAUUCAUAUACAUUGAUAACAAUAACAGAUAUGAUUCAACAGUCUGAAUGAAGUUAUAAAGUACAAAUUUUUGGUCUUGGGGGUUAAAAGUUACAAAUGAGCUCCUAUAUGAUGCAUACAUAUCCAUCCAUCCAUCCAUCCAUCCAUCAAGAUAGAAGCAUACAGGCAAAAGCAUGUCAUGUUUAGGUUUUGUCAGUUUCAGCUAUUUGUUAACCACCUGCAUUUCGGUUAAACAAUUUUUGCUACUUUCAGAAUUAACUGAUUGUUUCAGAUUAUAUGGUUCUGUAUGUAUAGGCUGCAACAGACCCAUGUGUACGUGUUCUUAUGGUUCCAUAUGAAUAGGCUGCAAGGGGUUUGUUUACU